AUAUCCAGGAGGGUAGUUUUUGUAUUCUAAACCAAGACAGAAUACAGAGUAGAGGUUGAAGGUGGGAAAUGGCGUACUUGAGGGCCCGGCGCACCUUAGCAUCUACCCUCGCACGAGCUCUUUCUUCAUCCUCUGCAACCGCUUCUAACAGUCGCUGUCGUUUUGCAUACGCGUUGCUCCCCGCCAAACAAACCAUACCCGUCCCCGAAUCGGUGAAUUUCUCGGUUCGGACCAAAUCUUCGGGUUCGGGUUACUCGCCGCUUAACGACCCUUCUCCGAACUGGAGCAACCGUCCCCCGAAGGAGACCAUUCUUCUGGAUGGUUGCGACUACGAGCACUGGCUCAUCGUCAUGGAGUUCCCCGAUAACCCUAAACCCUCCGACGACGAAAUGGUUAACGCUUAUGUCAAAACCCUAGCCCGAGUCCUCGGAAGUGAGGAGGAAGCCAAAAAGAAGAUAUACUCUGUUUCCACUACUACAUAUACAGGUUUCGGUGCCCUAAUUUCGGAAGAGCUUUCCUAUAAAGUCAAAGAGUUGCCUGGAGUUCUUUGGGUACUGCCAGAUUCAUAUCUUGAUGUUCCCAACAAGGAUUAUGGAGGUGAUUUGUUUAUUGAUGGGAAAGUAAUCCCCAGGCCACAAUAUAGAUAUUCCGAAAGGCAACCCAGUAGGAGUAUGAGUAGGCCACGGCCACGGCCACGGCAUGAUAGACGACGGGAAACAAUGCAGGUUGAAAGGAGAGACCCUAUUCAAAGGCAGAAUUGGAACCAGGGUCAGGGAGGACCUAUGGAGCCAUCACCUGCAAUGAACAGCCAAAACUUGGCUUCGGGUGGAGAGAACUAGAUGUUUUAAUAGGAACUUUUCUUUUAUAAAUUAUCACAUAUAGACAACAGAACCAAGUUUUUCUGAUGGAGAGUUUUUAUUUAAGGUUCGGAGGUCAUAUUUACUGAAAUCUUUUUGUGUGGAAAAUACCUGUGCUUGCCCUCAAAGGUCAUUUGAUAAUAAUGUUUAGCACCUUAUGAUGCUGUGUAUGCCCUGCCGAUUGCAAUGACUUUCAGUCUUUUCCCGACAUGUUCUGAUAUGCAAUUUGGAUCUCUGAC